CCAAGAUUGACAGCCAAGCAGCCUAAUCCUCACAAAGACUAACGGGAUUGGCAGAAUACAUUUUUUGUCCGUGAGGAAAACACUUUUUUAUUUAUCACUAUCUUUUUAGUUUCGUUUUUUGUCAUUUUCCAUUACAUUAUCAGCGAGGAAACCAGUAUUUACAUCACGAAUUUCCUCUAUUGGUAUUCCCCCUACUGUUGACGUUUACGCUUCAACAAUGGAAUCUAUCCGCCCUCAGCGACUUCAACCAGGGAUAAGAUUUGGAGCUGGAUCGACUGGGACCCUACGCUCCUCUCUCCGGCCCGGGGUUACAGUUCCAACCGCACCUCUGCUGCCUCCCCCGGCCUCCCUAUGUGCUUCCUCCGGGCCACCCCCGCCGCUUCAACUCCACAGUCUUCACGGCACUAUUGGGAGUGCGGGUCUCGGAACAGGGGUGGCUGGAUUCGGUCUAUGUAAUCCAGGGAACCCGGCGGUCUUGAAGGAGGCGGUGGAGGCUGUUGUUCGGAGCUUUGCUAAGCAUACGCAGGGCUAUGGCAGAGUGAACGUGGUGGAAGCCUUGCAAGAGUUCUGGCAGAUGAAGCAGUCAAGAGGGGCAGACCUCAGGAAUGGGGCGCUGGUGGUGUAUGAGAUGGUCCCAUCAAACAACCCACCCUAUGUUUGCUACGUCAGUCUCCCAGGGGGAAGCUGCUUUGGGAGUUUCCAGUUUUGUCCAACCAAGGCUGAAGCAAGACGUAGUGCUGCGAAGAUCGCGCUGAUGAACUCGGUUUUCAACGAGCAUCCUUCCCGCCGCAUCACAGAUGACUUCAUUGAGAAGAGUGUAUGUGAGGCGCUGGCCUCCUUUAAUGGAAACCGAGAAGAGGCAGACAACCCCAGCACAGGAAUCGGGGCGUUUCGCUUCAUGCUGGAGUCCAACAAAGGAAAAUCAAUGUUGGAGUUUCAGGAAUUGAUGACAGUCUUUCAGCUUCUGCACUGGAAUGGAAGCCUGAAGGCCAUGAGAGAGAGACAAUGCUCCCGUCAAGAAGUGCUGGCUCACUACUCCCAUAGGGCGCUGGAUGAUGACAUGCGCACCCAAAUGGCUGCUGAUUGGGUGAACCGAGAGCAAGGCGUGGCUGGCACCAUCGCCCAGGAGGUGGCGGCAACAGAUCGAGAACUUGAGGAGGCCAGGCUGGCCGGCCGGGAGCUUCGCUUUCAUAAGGAAAAGAAGGACAUCCUGAUGCUGGCUGUUGGCCAACUGGAUGCAGCCAACACUGCCACCCUGCCUUCAACCUGCUAGGUAUACGCUGGAUUCCAACCCCAUAAUUUGAUUCACUUCCAUCUGCCCACGUUGACUUCCCCCUCGCGGUUCUCAAAAAGUCUACAUAGGUGUGGGAAACAUAAUAGUAACUCUGCAUAGCUUCCACCAUAUGGCUUUUACCUAUUCAGUCCGAUCAGAUCUGCGAGUUGGUAGUCAAGGGCAGAUGGAAGGAAGUUGGUUGUCAGUUUGGAAUCUGGCCUUAGAGAUGGAAUGAGGAAAAGUGGCCAAUAACCAUUGAUUGUAUAGAGACUAGCAAGGCAGCCAUUUAGGAGCUUUCAAUUAAAAAACAGUGAGUGUUCUUAGAUCUUUCAGCAGUUUUUUCCAGCCCAGUACUAAUACGUCUGAUUCAGCUUCUGAAGGUCUUGACAAUAAGUUGAUUAGUUGAAUCGGAUAUGUUAGUGCUAGUUUAGAGUGAAAUCUUUAGGACCAGGAUCGAAUAAUAAGAAGUCAUUGAGGUCCUUUUGUGCUGCCAUUUUAUUGGGUUUGUGAAAUUCACAUGGAAUAAUGAACUGUUAUCAUUCCUCUCAUUCCCUUUCUAUGCUGAUAGACAACGCUACCACAUGGGUAAAGUUAAAGCCCUUCACUUGCCUUUAAUGAUCGUACAGGACAUAAUCACAAGGAUAUUGUCACAGAACGAUCUUUCUCACCAAAAUAGACCCAUGUCUGUUGCUUAAGCAUGAUCUAUCACUUCAUUAAGGACUAUGAAAGUUAUUUGAACAUUUAUGUAUUGCUCUUACAUUACAGAUCUUAUAUACAGAGGUAGGAUCUUAAUUUGAUCACUCUUUUGUUGCUGAGAAUUUUCCUGCACCACAGGAAAUGCAGAUUAACUUUUGUAAUUGACAUAAAUUUACUGAAAACCCACACUAACACACGGUUAUAUAGUAUUUCACUUUUCAUGUAGCCUACUUUUGGCCAGAUGAACGCCUAACCACCGCUCAAGCAAUAUUAUGGACUAAACGUUCAAAUCCUGUUGCUGCAGGAUUAUUUUGCAGUGACAACAUAGGUUAAAUAAAGAUCUUACAUCUGUAGAGUCUAUCAUUAGUGAUAGCCAGCCUUAUUUGCGAAGAAAGAACCGCUCCUCCGACUCAAACUGAUGUCACUCGUAAAAUAACUACUUGCCUAGCUUUGCUUGCUAGAGUGGAUUGUUUACACGAAUGUCAGUUAUCCAACAGUUUUUUUCUGGCCUUGCAGCUUAAUGACUAAACUUUCAGCGUUAUCAUUCUAAGUCAGGAUCAUUUACUGUCACUAAGCCAUUUUUAACUCUAUUAUUAGGCUAAAAUGUACACAAGUGAUUUAGCCGAUACUGAUAUCCAGAUUGACAAAUGCAUUGGUGCUAACAACUGUUCAAAUGUGAGUAAUGUGUGCAACACAAAAACAUAGCAAACACAGUGAACAAACGUAAGUUUGUAGUAAUAUAUGGGAUUGCUGUUUCCCCCUAACCACAAGUUACUCUCAAGGUAAGACUUUUAUUAAAGCGUUUUGGCAGCUAUACGCUUCCCAUAGAAAAAUUCAAAGGACAAAAAAAACAUUAUCCAUGUAGAAUCUCCAUCAUAAAUGCUCCAUGGAAAGGGUUUUUAGUCCAGGACUAGGCUUAAUCUUUCAGCCAUUAUGAAAUUAGAGUGGAUCCUUCUUGAAUUCUUUUGAAUUGAUGUUGUUUGGGGGAUUUUCACAGAGGCUUUACCAUACCGGCACGAAAUGUUAUCUAGUCAUGCGAUCUGCUACUCCGAAAUUCACUUGAAAUAGACCCAUUUAGAAAACACAUUUAUUCAGGGGUCAGAACACACAGAGAAUCAACUCAUGUUCACAUUAAAUACCAUUAAAUGCCUAUGUCAUAUCACAAUGGCAAUAUCACACUGACAGCUACAGUAAAAAAUGAAUGCGAAUAAAAUGCACCAAACAUCACGCUAAUGUUGUAUCAUAGUCCCAAUGUCUUCUUGAGUUUAACAUUGUAUCCUACUUACUAUAUGUCUCUUGAUGGAAUUGUCUGUGGUAUGUUUUUUUAAGAAAAUAAGCAGCAAAAAGAGAUUUAGCUAACUUGCCCUAACUUUCCUGAAUGUAAUCAUAUCCCAAUAGCAACAGCAGCGCAAAAUAAGUUGACGUGAUGCCCAUUAGUCUUGGAUAGCAUUUACAUCGCUUUUUCUUUCAUUGACAGUAUCGGUUAGUGUUUUUAGUUUUUCUACCAAGCCAGGGUAAGGCAUUUCCCAUGGUUCUCAAUAUCUAUAGAUCUGGCACCUGUUUCUACAAACAAAAGCCAUAUCAAUUGAAGUGCAAUCCAUUGUAUGCUUGUCCUAAUUAAAUGAAGAAAUUAACCUUUUGUUAAAACACACAGCCAGGUCCAUAAUUAUUGGCACCCUUAAAAAAGAUGAGCAAAAAAGACUGUAUAAAAUAAAUAAUACAAAUAUUAAGCUAUAUUUCAUGGUAAAAAAAAAUGGGGAUUUAGAUUACUUUAUACUAAUAUAAUUGCUCAGAGAAAGAGCUUUCGUUUAACCAGUAAUAAAAAUAAAUGAAAAAAGAUAGUGGUAAAACUCCAGCACCCUCCCCUUGCAAGGAUAACGACACAGAGCCUCUUUCUAAAAUGUUUUAUAAGAUUGGAGAACACCUUGGGAGGGAUCUUAGACUAUUCCUCCAUACAGCAUCUUUCCAGAACCAUUACAUCCUUCGUAUGCGCUUAUGGACUGCUUUCUUCAAUUCAAACCACAGGUUUUAAUGGGGUUCAAGUCCGGAGACUGAGAUGACCUUUGCAAAAUGUAGAUUUUGUGGUCAAUUAACCAUCUCUUUGUGGAUGUUGAUGUGUGCUUGGGGUUAUUGUCUUGCUGGAAGAUCCAUUUGCAACCACGUGUCAUCCUCCACUUGCGCCCAAGUGUUUUUGGCCAAAAUGUCCUGGUACUUGGUAAAGUUCAUGAUGCCGUUGACCUUAAGGGCUCCAGGACCAGUGGAAGCAAAAUAGUCCCAUAACAUAAAAAAUGCACCACUCUAUUUUACCAUAAUUAUGAGGUACUUUUCUGCUAAUGCUUCUGUUUUUCAACGCCAAACCCACAACUGUUGUGCGUGGCCAAAGAGCUCUAUUUUCAUGUCAUCUGACCUUUCCUGGGGCCCUUGUUAAGGUCAAUGACAUCAUGAACUUGUCAUUUUAGCCAAAACCCUGGUUGCCUCUGCCAGGAGGAGGCUGACACUUGGCUGCAAGUAGAUACCUGACUGUAUUUGUGUUAGCUAUUGGAAAUCAUAUUUCAUGAAGUGUCUGGUAGGUGUAUUCUCCCAUCAUGCUUAUUUGUGUGAAUCAUAUAUAUUUUUACGUGUAUGUAAUGGUGUGUUACAGAUGUUUUUUAUGGCAGUUGUCUGCUCACCAUUAAUCACAUACAUUGUUAAGAAAUGUAGUUCUUUAAUGUUUGGGUCUCACUUUUAUAUAAAGUGUAGCUAAAACAACCAAUCUUACAUGGUAAUUAAUUACAUUGGCAGGUAUAUUGUUCACAUUGUUGUAAGAGUAUGGUUUCCAAGCUAAUUUUUUUUGCAAAUCCAAUACGUUUAUAAAUGUAAUUUUUUACCAGAUUGUUAAUGUGUACCUACACUGUAAUUACACUAAACAUGUCUGUGUAAUUACCAUGUAAAUACAUGUUUUAGCGACACUUAAUAUAACUUGGGACUAAUGUUUGCGUGUUAUUCCUUUUAACACAGGUUGCAAUCUUUUUAUAGACUGUUCAGUCAUGUUAUUACCCUGCCUUCUCGCUUAUCAAGUUGUGCAUGAUUCAUAAAUCCAUUUGUACAAAAUGUGAUCUAUAUAAACUUUGUUUUAUACAGUCCUUAUGUAUUUUAUAUGACCAGUUUUAAAUUGUUACUUUUUUACUCAAUGUAGGUUUCUAUUUAGAUUUGUAUACAUAAAAUGCAAUAAAGCAGCCAAAAACAA